GUGAAAAGUGAGUGUAUACAUCUAUCCUGCAAAGCACUCGUUUCUAAUGUCAGAACACGUUUAUAUUCUUGAAGCCUUCUAGUUUUCAUCUAAUGUCUUUUCUUUUUUUCCAGGGAUAUUACAAAAAGUCACUGAGGAAAAGAAUUUGAGUUUUUCUUCUAUAGACCCCAGCAGGAUGCUUUCUUCUAUUAUUUUGAGAUCUGGAAUAGCACACAACCCUUUAAACACAUGCACACACAAAGAUUGCUCACGGAAGUAUCACCCAAGUAUUAUGCCCCCUUACACAUAAAGCUAACCCUGUGUAGGUGUGCCCUAGUGCCUUCAUUACUUUCUGAUUUCUGGUUUCCUUUCACGGCUUUUUUUCUGGGUACCCAGAUGCACAGAUUGGGACCCUAUUCAAUGCAACACAACACUUUAAAUAAAGACUGCAAUAUUAACAACUACGGAGCAGUUGUACCUGCAGGUAGGGAUAAAACUGAAUGUUGGCAUGUCUGACAAUAUAGACUGACUGCUAAACAGAAGCAGCUCCAGUAGAAAUGUACCUACUGUAUGUGAAAUGCUGGUGCAGAUUUUUUUUCUCUCUAUCACUCUAACCUUCUGUGUUGAUACAUGAAUGCUGGUACCCACUUACAGGGAUGCCAGAUGAUCAGUGCAGAAUGUAGGUCCCAGGAGAAAGGAUCACAUGGUUUUCUCUGCCUUGUGACGUCACUAGCAGAUGGCAUGGGUACCAGCUCUGGCAGUUGGCAUCAAUGUCACUUUUUAGAGAUCAAUGAGAUAGUGCAGAUAUACACAGAUCUAGACUCCAGGAGACGAUGCGACAUUCAGACUGAAAAGAUUUGGAAGGCAAAAAAUGAAAACUGAUUGUUGAAUGAAAUAAAAAGCUAAGGUAACGUAAGAUUAUAGAACCAUGUUAACACUACCGUUUGAUGAGUCUGUUGUAAUGCCAGAAUCCCAGAUGUGCAGAAAGUUUUCCAGAGAAAGUGAGGACCAAAAGCAAAUUAAAAAUCCAGAAAGCUUUUCAAAGCAGAUUGUACUCCGAGGAAAGAAUAUCAAAAGGGCCGCUGGUGAAGACACAGAAAAAGAAGAGGAGGAAGAAGACAGAGAGGAGGAGGAUGAGAAUGGUUUACCUAGAAGGAGGGGCCUUAGGAAAAAAAAGACAAGCAAGAUAAGAAUGGAGAGGAUCAAAUUCAGGCGACAAGAAGCCAAUGCUAGAGAAAGGAACAGGAUGCAUGGCCUUAAUGAUGCUCUGGACAAUUUAAGGAAAGUGGUCCCUUGUUAUUCUAAAACACAAAAACUGUCUAAAAUAGAAACAUUGAGAUUAGCCAAAAACUAUAUUUGGGCUCUUUCUGAAAUCCUGCGAAUUGGCAAGAGACCUGACUUACUCACGUUCGUCCAAAACCUGUGCAAAGGUCUGUCCCAGCCAACUACAAACUUGGUGGCGGGGUGCCUGCAGCUGAAUGCUAGAAGUUUCUUGAUGGGUCAAACCGGUGAAACUGCCCAUCACACAAGGUCACCAUAUUCCAGCUUCUAUCCUCCCUACCACAGCCCUGAGCUCAGCACUCCCCCAGGGCAUGGAACUCUGGACAACUCCAAGUCUAUGAAACCCUACAAUUACUGCAGUGCUUAUGAGUCCUUCUAUGAAAGCACUUCCCCUGAGUGUGCCAGCCCACAGUUUGAAGGUCCCUUAAGUCCUCCCCCAAUUAACUAUAAUGGGAUAUUUUCCCUGAAGCAAGAAGAAGGCUUGGACUAUGGCAAAAAUUACAAUUAUGGCAUGCAUUACUGUGCAGUGCCACCCAGGGGUCCCCUUGGGCAGAGCUCCAUGUUCAGGUUGCCUACAGAGAGCCACUUCCCUUACGACUUACAUCUGCGCAGCCAGUCUCUCACCAUGCAAGAUGAAUUAAAUGCAGUUUUUCAUAAUUAAUGAGGAAAAUGAAAAUAAACAGUGGUCAUUCACCUCCCCAUCUAAUUAAGAUAAAGCAGAUGCUUGUGCACUACAUAAUUGGCACAACUCUAUUUAGCGUGUUUACUAGUUUCUAAAGUGUGUUUCAACUAUUGUGGGAAUUUUCUAUGUAAUAAUAAAUCUUUUUUCCUAUAAGUAUUUUUCCUUUUUUUUUUGUCUGUAAACACUGUGAGAUUCUGUUUCUUACCAGAGAAUUUCCCCCACCCCCUGCCUUUUUUUCCCUAUUCGCUUGAUUUGUUGAACAGUGUGUCUAAACAAUAUCAUUGAAAUAAAGGCAUACACACUGUAUAAAGUCAAUGUCUAUUUUGAUUGUACAAUUUGUAAUGAUACAAAUGCAUGUUAUUACAUUCAGAUGAAUAAAAAUAAUGUAUUUAUAAUGAGUAGAAAUUAUAUAUUAUGUAUUUAAGAAAUGGAUUUUAAAAAUUCUGAAGAAUUUUAAAAAUCUAUCCCUGAA